UUGCCCCUCGGAACGCUCAUCUCACACGCACGCAUGUCCACAAGCGCGUGUAACAUUGAAGAAUAUUCGCUGCUGAGCACAUCUGUAUUCGGCUGAAAUCCACCCUCUCUAGAAACUUUUUCCGAAUCGAACGCCUGCGCAGUCGCCUCCUUCCAAGGUUUGUGCAAAUCCUUGUGUGCGUGCGUGUAUGCCUGCACGUGAGUACGCAAUGGAGACUAUCGGUCAACAACGAGGCAGCUGCGAUGCAGCAACAGUGCACGUCAAAAGCGAGGAGGGAGGUGAAAAACAAUCUGCGCUGAUUUUGGACAGACAAGGCUCGCCUGCGCCCUGCAACGAGCUUGCAUGCGGGGGAGGAAGAGGGCUGGAUCUUACUGCAGACGAGCUAGGAGGACCAUCGGUGCUCCAUGUAGGUAGCACCACUCCUACUGAAGUACAACUGUCGACAGUGAUGCCAUCUGCUCCUCCCCUCGGUUCUGAUUUUUCCUCCAAGGCUGUUUUGUGUCUGAUUGACGCAGUCGGUCGUCGUUGGGGCCUGUAUGAGACUCGGGAGCGCUCGCAACUCUUUCAGAGCGUCCAGGAGGAGCUGGCAGCUAAGGGGCACUUCCUUCCUGUAGAGAGGAUCCGCCGCAAGUGGAACAAUCUGAUCGUCACGUACAAAAGGGUCAAAGAUCGCAGUCGGGAGACGGGACAUGCCAAAACAUCCUGGGAGUUCUUUGAUCUGAUGGAUGCUACGCUCUGUGACACUGUGGGUUCUUACAUCAGCAGCAACAAACGCAGCAAAGGAGGAGGUGCCAGUAUCGCACAAGCUUCGGCGAAGGUCCCAGCAAGACUGCACGUCCCUCCGCCCACCAACGUUGUCCGCCCUAAUGGGAAUUUACACACAUCUGUUCAGGUGGAAUCAGGGGUCAAAGGCCAGACUUCUGCCAGCAGCAGCACCACUGGUGCUAUUACGUCAAUGUCAGCUAUUCGGCAAACAGAAAGUCCGGAUCUCAAACCCUUGAUAGUACUUAAUAGUGACAUUGUUACGGCAAACCUUCAUUUGUCUUCCACUGAUCCACCACAAUCUUUUAUAUCCUCACCUCGUUUCACACAAAUCGCUUCCCCCUCGCUAGUGUCCACAGUCAACACAGACCUGAACACCUCCCGCAAAGCUCCAUCAUUUCCAACAGAUGUCAUAUGCUUCCGCCGUAGCAAUAACCACAACUUGGCUUCCAAUUUCCCCUCCACAUGCUCCUCUCUUUCAGCCUCUGUCUCAACCCCGGCAAUGACAGGACCCGAAGCCCACAAGGGAAAUGAGGACCAAAGCGGCUCCUCCUUCUACCAGGAGAUAUUAAAGCGAAGGAAGGAGCAGAUUGACCUAGAUGGCGUGGCCCAUGGUCAAAAGGAAGCCAGAGAAAGGCGGCGUGAGAGAAGGGAGGUACGGAUGGAUAAGUCCCUGUGUAGGAUUGCUACAGCACUGGAGCUGCUCUCCUCCAAACAGGACACAGUCAUUGCUCUACUUCAGAGGAUAGCUGAAAGAAAAUGAAGAAUCAUGUUGAACUCAUGAUGAAAAUUGUUAAUAUUUUAACAGCGUGGCGCCAACAUUUUUUAAAAAUAUUAAUUCACUGCGAGCCAUUGAUAGGGAUAGACGUCCAAUCCAUUUUAACCUGGGAGGGUGACAGUGAUGACACGAUCCCUGCUAGGCCUCCAGUCAAAUUGGAUCGAAAGUCUAUCGUCGUCAAUACCAGUAAAACAUGAUCACUGAAUGCCAGCCAUCAAAGUUAAAAUGGAUUUGAGUUCUAUCAAGGUCACUGGAAUGAAUUUGUUCCGAUUUAAAAAUCUUUCAUUUAUGAUUUUGCUUUCAAGUAGAUCAGGGAUGUCCGAACUUUUUCUCCGAGGAUCGCAAUGAGAAAAAUCAAAGGAUGCAAGGGCCAAUUAUUUAAUCCUUUCACUUUCAUUUGAUGAACACAAUAUGCGGUACAUCUUCAUAUCGUACAGCACUAAUAUAUACUAAAUGUAUUUAACAUAUAUAUUUUUUUAACAUGCAGCUGGCCAAAUUUUUCAACAUUACUCAGAGCCAUCAUAAGGCCAUAGAUAUUUUUAUUUUAUUUUAUUCAAAUAAAAAUGGCUCUCAUUAGAACUUUAUUUAUUCCAUCCGGUAUUUAAAACACGGAGUUAUCAACUUUUUUUUUCUUUGCAUGUUUGCGUGCCAAAUUUAACCACACAUUUUUACAAUGAUAGCAGCUUUUUGAAAAUAUGUAAAGAGUAGAAGUUAGGACCGUUCACCUGAAAUAUCAAGCCAUAUUGUCUUUUCAUUAAAACAGUGGGCAGACAUUGGUGCAUAUUCAUUAAAUUCUAAGAUACUAACCCUCUUAAUGUAUAAGUCACAUAAAAGUGAGACUCAUGACGUCAACGCUGAUAUGACAGGUUUCAAUCAUCAAUUACAAUUCUAGUUUUCUACCUUGAUUUGAACAAGUCAAGUUUUGACCCCGGAGCUAAUGGAGAGACACUGUGACUACCUUUAUCCAGUGUUGAAGCUGAGAAGUGCAACAGGACUGAACUCAACCUCCUAGUGCGGGCCCUAUUCAAUCAUAUUUUCGUAAUUUUCUGUGGGCCAAUAAAACCUGCCGACCGCGAGCCAUAGUGUGGACACCCCUGAAAUAGAUGCUAAAUCAAUUUGAAAAAGUUAAUUGAAAUACAUAAUAUUAAAAAAAAUAAGUAAAAUAUAUAUUUUAUUUUUGGUACAAAUUAUUUUAGAUCAAAACAUUGAGGCUACUUUCUGUUGGAAUUUAGUUAAAGGUGCACAAAUGUUUUAGUCAUACAUAUAGUACAUACAGUGAUGUGUAGUUAAGUUGAUGGUUUUGAACACUCAGGCUUGAAUUUUACCACAUUUCUUUAUGGUGGUUCGACUUUGCUUCGGGGCUAUUGCUGCUGAAUUACAGGAAAAGUUCACACUUACCAUCAGUCUGAAGACCAACCUUUCGAACUCCUGAUAGAAAUAAAAUGAUGCCCGGAAAAGCAUACCACUGUAGAAUUCCCGAAAAUGAGGCAGCGUUAAUCAUAAGAACCUAAAAUGGUGACAGGUAUGUUCUGAUUCUUUCAGCCUGAGUAUACUAUUAUGUGAACACAUCUGAAUCCGAAGACUCACAAGAGUGAUGAGAGUUUGCGCACUAGAACCAUCACAUUAUUUCAGAUAUUUCUUCACCUUUGGAUUUUUUUUCCCCUUCCUUAAUUGAGUUUUACAGGUGUUCGGUCACAUCAAUAGCUAAUAUAAUGUUCUUGGUCUUAUUUUGUACAACAGGAAAAAAUAUUGUAUUUGAACAGGGGUAUGUGGACUUUUAUAGCCACCUUGUUUUUUCAUGUGAAAAAUGACAGAUGCUGUGUAUUCCAAAACAUUUAUUACAAAUUUAAAGUAUAUCCAUCUGUGUACAACAGAACACAAAUAAGAGCAAAUAUCUAGAAUUUAUUGUCCCUGUGGUCACUACUCUGUCAUUGGUUCAUCUUCUUCCUCAUCAUCUUCAUCAAAGUACUUUUCCUCUGCGUCUCUGUUGACGAUGUCAAGGUUGUCAUAAUCUGGAUUCUCGUCCACUUCGCUAUCAUAGAGACACACAUGCACAUAAUGGGAGAAUUUGUAAUAUGUGUAACUUUUUCAAUGCCACUGGAAGAAUGCAUUUUUUAAACAAGAAUAAAGACACCAAUUUUUUUAAAAAUAACGUUCUGAGGUUUUAUGAUGCCAAAUAAUUCACUUAAAAAAAAAAAAAGAGUCAGCUUUCCGCACUCACACCGACCUGUAGUUGAAGUCCGUGUCUUUGCCAUCAAGAAAGCGUUGGUGCAUUUGACUGAUAAACUCCUCCCGAAGAAGUGCUUUCUCUUCAGAGGUCGGCUCCCAAGUCUUUUCUUGAACUUUGUCUUCUGGAGUGGAAAUGACCAAACACACACAAAGAAAGACAAAAAAAUGUCAUUUCGGUAAUAGCAUAUUACAUCAGUUAUCCCCACUGCAAAUUUCUUGUCUGUUUUUCAUCUCUUGCCUUCAUCCUCUGCAUCAUCAUCAUCCUCCUCCUCCUCCUCUGCGCCAUCCUCUUUAUCCUGCUCCUCUUGUAGACGAGUCUGGAUAAGACGCUCUUGGUAGGAGUUGAGGAGGAGGUUUGCCAGCCCUCCUGUAGCACCCUGAGAUGCGGCUGUACUUUUUGGCGCACCAUCCAACAUGGCCUCUUGAGAGCGCUCUAUCACCUGUAGUGUGAAGUAAAAUUCAUUUAAACCAAGCUUC